CCCGGAUGUCUGACGGUACCCAAACGCAGCACUGCUGACGAAGGAAGGUGGACACUGAGUUAGCUUUAGCUGUAGUAGCUGUACACAACUGACGCCGCAGCAGAACAGCACUUUUUAGGGAUUGCCUUAUGGAUUCCCCUCAGAAGCCAAAGACGGCUAACCCAAAACAAGAAGCUAAACGCUGCCAGAAUCUGCCAAGCACUCCUCAAAAAAAUGCAUAUGCCAGGCUUCUCAGCCAGCACCACAACAGUAAGUUCAGUUUGUAUCUAGAGGAAUAUGCAAAGCAGUCUUCAUCCCAAACAAAGGGAAACGGUUCCAACUCAGCACCAGGUGCAUAUAACGAUAGGCUCAAUAUACCACAACACGCAAUGGACCAAGUUCUUACUGACUUUUCUGAUUCAAGUGAUUUCUCUCCAUCAUCUCUGAAAAAUAAAUCGGAAGAGAGUUCACUGUCUUUAUACAUGGAGAAAAUAAACACUCGCAGUCCUCAGCAAGAGGUUGAAAGGAAACAAGGCGUGUCUGAAAGGCAGCAACGAGGACCGAGAAGGGACACAGCCACCAGUCAAGAUGGAGACAUUGAAUCUGGAGAGGAAUUUGGUGUUCCAAAACCCAGCAGUUCAAAGAAACAUCAGAAACAGCCAAGGAAAAAAGAAGGCUCUCACAGAAAUGCUGCCCCCAGAGAGCUAGAGUCAUUUGCUGGGUCUUCUCCGCGCCUGGUGAAAGCUAGUACAAGUGCACCAGAACAAGAGAAGACAAAGUCAAAGAAAAAAGUCCAACCAAAGCACCCUGAAGAGGACAAAAGCAGAGGUGGGGUGUUAAAUUCUGGUGCUGACCCUCAGACGUCACGGCACAAAGCAUCUCACAAUAAAGACGCAAAGUCUCAGCCCCACACAGCUUCCCAGACUAAUUCUCCUGCUGGGAAGAGAAAGAACAAAGUGGACCAGAAAUCAAAGAAGCAGGUGUUUGAAUCCUACAUGACCGCUGAGGAAGUUUCCCGUGGCCUUGAAAGAGGAGAGCUUUACCAGGGACAAUUAAGAAUCAACCCUAAGAAAUUCACGGACGCCUUCAUCCCUUCUCAUGAUGACACACACGAUAUCUACCUGGAAGGCAUUGCCGCUCGCAACCGUGCGCUAAAUGGAGACAUAGUGGUGGUCCAGAUCCUACCUCCUGAGCAGUGGAAGGUGAGGUCUGACACUGACACUGAGGGUGUCAGUGAGUCAGAGAUCCAGAAGGACCAUAAACGAAUGGCAGCGCAGAAGAACGUGGUGCACCACUCCUGUGCAACUGAUGAAGUCGUAAACAGGUUUCAGAAAAUAUCACUCAGUGAUGCAGAAGACCCCUCAACAUCUCGAGCCAAUGGAGAAAUCACACAAAAGACUGCUAAGGUGGUGUAUAUUAUUGAGAAGAAACACUCUCGAGCUGUCACCGGCUUCCUGAAGUUCCUGCCAGAAAAGCCCUUUGCCCUAUUUUCUCCUAUGGAUCACCGGGUGCCACGGAUUAACAUCCCCCUAACCAACUGUCCUGCAGACUUCAGUUUGCACCCGAGUAGCUAUGCCAAAGUCUUGUUUGUCUGUCGAAUCAUUGACUGGCCAGCUGACAGCAACUUUGCACUAGGUGAGCUUGCUAAGUCACUGGGCGAAGCUGGAGAGAUUCAGCCAGAGACUGAGGGCAUCCUGAUGGAGUAUGAUGUGGACUUCUCUGAGUUUUCUGAUGAAGUGUUAGGCUGUCUUCCUACAAACUUACCAUGGAGCAUCCCACCAGAGGAGAUCAGAAAGAGGAGAGAUCUCAGGAGGGAGUGUAUUUUCACAAUUGACCCUGCGUCUGCCAGAGACCUGGACGAUGCCCUGUCCUGUAAACAGCUUCCAGAUGGUAACUUUGAGGUGGGAGUUCAUAUUGCUGAUGUGAGUUAUUUUGUGGAGGAGGGCAAUGCUCUCGAUGCCAUCGCCAGCCAAAGAGCAACCAGUGUGUAUCUGGUUCACAUGGUGAUUCCCAUGUUGCCAAGGCUUCUAUGUGAGGAGCUGUGCAGUCUCAAUCCUCACACUGACAGGCUCACUUUCUCUGUCAUUUGGAAGAUGUCACCUGAUGGAAAGAUCUUGGACGAGUGGUUUGGCCGCUCAGUCAUCUGCUCCUGUGUGAAGCUAAGCUACGAUCAGGCUCAGAGCUUGAUCGAAGACCCUGAGAAGAUCUUCUCUGCUGAGGAGCUUCCUACUGUGGACCCUUUGCACACUGUUGAUGAGAUUCAUCAAGCUAUCCUUAACCUGCAUGCUAUUGCUCAAAACCUUCGAGCUCAACGCUUCAUAAACGGAGCCCUCAAAUUAAACCAGCCGAAACUUUGUUUCACAUUAAACAAAGAGACCAUGAUGCCUCAAGGCUGCAGCACUGACGAGCACAAAGACAGCAACGAGUUGGUGGAAGAGUUCAUGUUACUAGCUAACAUGGCCACAGCGAACCACGUUUAUCAAAGUUUCCCUGAUUUGGCUCUGCUGCGGUGCCACCCUCCUCCCAAAACCAAGCUGAUGGAAGAGGUCAAGGAGCUGUGCACCCAGUUGGGAUUUGAUAUUGACAUUUCUUCUGCAGGAGCGUUAAAUAAGAGUCUCAACACACUUUAUGGUGAUGAUGAGUUUCACGCUGCCAGAAGAGACGUCCUCACCAACUUGUGCUCCAGACCUAUGAAGAUAGCGUUGUACUUUUGUGCAGGCAUUCUGAAGGACACAGAGCUUUUUAAGCACUAUGCUCUCAACGUUCCUUUCUACACACACUUCACAUCGCCCAUCAGACGCCACGCUGACAUCAUCGUGCACCGGCUGCUGGCCUCUUCACUGAACUGUGGGCCACAUUUAAGCCUGUCAGCAGUGGAAGUGGGUAAACAGGCGUCACUCUGUAACGACAAGAAGACUGCUGCUAAAAAAGUCAGUGAGCUCAGCACCGAUCUUUUCUUUGGAAUGUUUGUAAAGGAGUGUGGCCCGCUGGAUUCCAUGGCCAUAGUGAUGGGGGUUCUGGAUAAGGCCUUUGAUGUGAUAGUUUGGAAGUUCCGCGUCCAGAAACGCAUCUACUGCAAGUUUAUUGCAGGUUUGUCCUCAUUCCACCAUCGUAAGGUGGGAAAGAAGUCAGAGCUCAGACUGGUUUGGAAACCAAAGGACCAAGAAAGUCCUCCGAUUGAACAGACGAUUUCAUACUUCUCGCUCGUGGAGGUGCAACUGAAAUCAGACGGUGGUGUGAAAUACAGCGCGGUGCUCAAGAGGCCAGAGGGCGGCGAACCCUAAAACAAAUGCUGUGACGGAAGUGAUGAGCUGCACAUUGUCUUUAGUGGAUUAAAAGAAAUUAAAUUUUACUCGACAUAAAGAGUAGCAGUGCUAGUGUGGAGUAAUACUGUUCACGCGUCCGGUCCUCAUAGACUAGUAAAUUAUCCUUCAAGCUAUCAAAGUUUUAUUUUUCACUUAUAGCGCAGCAUCACAUGACACACCGAAUGGACCUUGACGUCUAAAUAGAAUCAGAUUUAUUUGUUAAAAGUUGCUAGAAAGUUGGUGUCGUUUAGAGUGAAAUUUGUUCUGGUUUGAGGCAAAAUCACCAAAGCCAUAAUGAAUCCUAUUUAGUUGAUUCUUUUAAGUCAGUUUAGAUUUUUACUCUCAGUCUCAUGUUAAAAACUAAUUUAAAAGAUUUGGUGGGUCGGUGCCUGGUUUCUUGAUUUUAGGGCUGAGAAGAGAGAUUUUCAUCUUGGUGGUGUGAAUAGUAGAAAGCAUUGUGAUGGUGGCGUCUCACCUCUCCCUGAAGAGGUUUCCUCAGAUCGGCCAUUUUUACUGGAACUCUGAAGUCAUCAGAAAGGAUGAAACAUUUAUGAAGAACCAUGAAAGGCUGCUUUUGCUUUCUGUGGAAGCUUUCGUUAUUACUCUCAACAGGUUUACAUUCACUGAAGCUAACAGCCAGUUCCUGUCCUAUAAACCUACGUUUACAUUUAGAAAAGGAACGAUUGUUUUUUUUUUGGGGGGGGGGGGGGGGGGGGGGGGGCAGGUUUUGUGCGUUAAUGAAGGCGAUGUUUUUUUCUUUUUAACAGUUUUGCAGUGAAACACAUACAUUUAAUUGUUAUUAAGAGGAUCAUGUUGAGGAUCUGUUGAAAUGUUUUUCUUUUCUGUACAAAACAGGCCUAAGUUUUUUUUUCAAUUGUAAACUUAUAUUUAAUUUAAAACAUGGGAAUAACUUGAAUGUAAACUGCUGCUUAAAAUGGUCAGUGGCCUUAAAGUUUUUAAUUCGAUGUUUGAAACCUGUCUCCUUGUUAGGCUCACAUAUCACAUUAUACGUUUCAAAAUGUCAGUUCAGGGUUUGAUCAGAAAAUGUGAUUGCAGCGUUUUGUUAUUGACGUAGCUUAAUGUUCACCUUAAGAGGACUAGUGAUCAGUUCCAAUCUGUGACACACACUGUUUUAAAAACUGCCACGUUAAUUUUUUUUAAUCAUCACCAGCUUUUAUAUGUGGAGCAGCAGGAUCUGAUAUAAAUUUUUUUUUUAACCCUUUGAUGCAUAAUGGUCACUACAGUGGACAAGUACUCAAAAUUGUUAUUUACUUGUUUUUGCUAUUAAGCACAGCUGUUGAGGACUUUAUUGCGUUUGAGCCCCUCCAUUUGGACUUCAGUAAGCCAAGCCAACAUAUUUCAUGCUCAGAAUGCACGCUGUCCACUGAGGUGGACAUGUAAUAAGUUAUUUGUAAAUUAUAAAAUUUAACAAAAAAUAUUUGAAAUUUGUUUCAUUCACACCUAAAGAUGAAUGAAAAAAAUUGUUUAAAAAAUCAUGGUUGAAGAUUUCAUAAUUCAUGCAUCAAAGGGUUAAAUUAUAUAAAAAAAAUCCCAGACGUAAAAUUAAAUAGAUCUACAUUUUUCAAAUGUUACUUUAUUCUGUAAUCUGAUAGUUUAUACACUGCCUGGCCAAAAAAAAAUAAGAGUCUCCACCUGGAUUUAACUAAGCAAAUAGGUUGGAGGCUCCUAUUGGAUAAUUACUGCAUGGGCUUUCAGCUGUAACAAGUUACUUGUGCAACGAGCUGCUUCUCAUUUCUUAAUCAUGAGGAAAGACACAUCUGGUGGUCGUGGAAAAGAUGUUGGUCUGUUUGAGAAGCAUCAGAUCAUCGGCCUGCAUCAAGCAGAGAAAACAUCUGAGGAGAUGCGGAAAUGGCUAAAAGUGGGUUAAGAACUGGCCAACGCAUUAUUAAACACUGGUCUGAUGCGUCCAGAUGGACCCUGUUCCAGAGUGGUGGUGCAUCAGGUUGAGAAGAGAGGCAGAUGAAGUGAUGCACCAUCAUGCCUAGUGCCUACUGUACAAGCCUGUGGGGGCAGUGCUAUGAUCUGGGCUUGAUGCAGGUGGUCAGGUCUAGGUUCUGCAACAAGAUGUGCUCCAAGAAUGAGGUCAGCUGACUACAUGAAGGUAUUUAAUGACCAAGUUAUUCCAUCUUCCCUGAUGGCACGGGUAUAUUCCAAGAUGAUAAUGCCAGGAUUCAUCGGGCUCAGACAGUGAAAGAGAGGUUCAGGGAGCAUGAGACAUCAUUUUCACACAUGUACUGGCCACCAGAGAGUCCAGACCUUAUCCUCAUUGAGAAUCUUUGGGAUGUUCUGGAGAAGGCUUUGUGCAGCGGUCAGACUACCAUCAUCAAUGCAAGAUCUAGGUGAAACAUCAAUGCAACACUAGAUGGAAUUACGUCUUGUGACAUUGCAGAAGCUUAUCGAAACAAGGCCGCAGAGAAUGAGUGCUGUAAUCAAAGCUAAAGGAGGUCCAAUGAAAUAGUGUGUGCCAUUUUUAUUUGGCCUGGUCAGUGUAGGAUGGUAUACUUUGAUGCAACUCAUACACAACUAAUACAUAUUUGUCUCCAACUGUAAAGAAAUACUUAGUCAUGUAAACUGUGUUUAUUAGUUGUAUUUCCUGAAACUCAUUACUUCCUGUUGGUGGAGUCACUUAGGAAUGACGGUGAAUUCAAAGUCCAAUCAAUGAUAGUGAAUGCUGCUUGUAACUCACCUUGGAUCCUCUAUAAAACAUCCCAUGGAUCACUGUAGUGUUUAUUUAUAUUGAAUAAACAGAUAAGCUCAG